UCUAUGUAUAUAGAUCUAGUUCUAUAAUAGAACUAGUUAUAGAAUUGGUUUUAAAAAUAUACAAUUUCUUGGUUGUUUUUUAAAAAGUUGAAUUAAAGUUACGUCGCAAACGGCUCGACCUACAACCAAUGUGUCAACAUUGUUUGGAUACCUGGAGGCUAAACAUUAAUUGAAAAUAAAGAAUGGGUGCUACAACCUCAACUCAAGUAGCCACAUCGUUCUUUGAGACUAAGAAGGACAAUCCACUUCCAAUACCCAUGCAUCUUGAACUUAACCAUAAAAUUUAUAAAAAAGUCACAGAAGAGGGUAUUCAGCUUUUACCUGGAGGUGAUGCUGUCAAGCUACCAUAUGAAUGCCCAAUGCAUCAAAUUGGAGAUGGAAAAGGAGUGGCUGGUCAACUUCGUAUUAUAGAUAGCAACAAAAAGCCUAGUGAAGAGAAUCUUCACUUUUUAAAAGUUAACUCUAUCAUUAACCAAACUUCGCAGGUUUCCCAAACUUCUGAGUUAAAACACAGUUUUGAGCAGCAAUCUAACCAUGGGGAUUCAUCAUCUCCAUUAACAUAUCAUGCUAGUAAAGUGAAUAAAAAAGAAACGCCCAUAAAAAAUGAAGAUCCUUGUCUUGUAGGAAAAACAGAAUGUCAGAGAAGUAAAGAAUUUGAAACAAAGCCCAGGGUUCCUACAGCUGAGAAGAAAGGCGAGUCACAUUUUGAUCAUAGUCUUGAUAUCAAGCCAUUAAUUGAGAUACCCAAGCGGCGCUCACCACAAGUGGAUGUUGGGAAAACAAUCUCUUCUCCUAAAGAAGUGAGCCAAAAGUUAAAUGUAAAGUCCCUUCCAAGUGAGGCUCCUUUAAAUGAUGCUACUGUGCUGGGCAAUGCCUUUCCUAGUGAGUGCCCAAUGAGUUCAUCAAGCAAUAAAAAGAUGGCAAGUGAAUGCCCAAUGAGUCUUGGAAAUGAUGAUGUGAACAGAGACAAUAUGAUGCCACCACCAAAUCAGCGACCAGCUCCAGAUCAGCCAUUUGAGUUGCCAAUCCAAAGAGCUGUUUCUUCUAUUCCAAAAGCAGGAAGUGAUGAAAACUGGGUAUAUCCUUCCCCACAGAUGUUUUGGAAUGCAAUGUUAAGAAAGGGUUGGCGUUGGAAAGAUGAUGAUGUUUCAGCUCAAGAUAUGAACAAUAUUAUAAAUAUUCACAAUGCAAACAAUGAGCUUGCUUGGCGAGAAAUUCUUAAAUGGGAAGCAUUGCACGCAGAUGAAUGUAAAGAACCUAAACUGAAAAGGUUUGCAGGAUUUGCCACCAAAUAUUCCCCAAGAGCUAAAAUUCGUUCAUGGCUUGGCUACGAGCUUCCUUUUGAUCGCCAUGAUUGGAUAGUUGACCGCAAUGGGAAAGAAGUGCGCUAUAUAAUAGACUAUUAUGAUGGCGGGAGUGUGAAAAAGAACUAUGAGUUUGCUCUUCUGGAUGUGAGGCCUGCUCUGGACUCUUUUCAGGCUGUGAAGGAUAGAGUUAAAGUUGCCAUCUGGAGAUGGACUUCAUCAAGUGAACAAAUUGCUGAGACACCUAGUGCAUCUGAGUCUACACAAAGCAAUUCUCAAACAAAAGGAGGUUGAAAUAUUGAAAUAUGUCAUCAUGAUAUAUUCAGGAUUAGUUUAACUCAUUAACUUAUUAUUUUAUAUUUUUUGAAGUAUUACUAUUCCCGUCUUGGCUCACAUAAAUAUGCAAAAUAUGUAUUAGUAUGCUUCCAUUGCCUUACAUAACAAAGUUUUGUAGAUUCAAAACAACUCUCUUUUUAUAAUUUUCUGUAUAUCUCAUUAAAGAUAGACUAUAAAAACAGAGCUCUUUCUUUCUUAUUAUUUUUGAAAAAGUUGUUUUCUGUCUAAUAUUUCUUCUUGCGUCUCUCCUCUUAGUUAAGAACAUUAGAAAUACAAAACAAAUGUAAUAACUACAUUCUUAAUUUCUCUUUUUUUUUUUCUUAUAUUUUGAAAAUCUUAAAUUAUAUUUGGGCUUCAGUUCUAUUCAGCUCUAUAGCAUUACCAAAAGUGAAUUUUGUUUAAAGUAGAAUAAAAAUUUAUCACAACUGUUGUUUAUCUUGUUAUAUAAAUAAUUGUUAAUAAUUGAAUAAAAUGCUUAGAGAAAAAUU